AAUUAUGUGACCCGUUUCAUUGAACACUCAAUCCUGCUCUCCCAGGACGCCUCGGCACGCGCCCAGCAGGUCCACUACUGGAUCAAGGUGGCCUCGCGAUGUCUUGAUCUCAACAACUACCAGACCCUCAAGGCAAUCGUGUCCGCGCUCGGUACGCCACCUGUCCAGAGACUCAGGCGUACCUGGGCAUACAUCCCAAAAAAGAGUCUGGUCAAGCUGGAAUCCUUGAGCGAACUCAUGUCCGAAGCAAGCAACUACGGCCGCUAUCGAGAACACAUGGGCAUGCAUGCCACACGCCCGACUGUUCCUUUUUUGGGCACAUUUAUCCACGACAUUACCUAUCUUUUGGCUGCCUUCAAGACACAUUCCCAGGCAGGAGAUUUACCCGAAGAAGAGCCUCGGAUCCAUGAGGUGCUGAUGAUAAUGGCCCAGUUCCAGAGC